UCUGCCUCCAGCAGAGAGCAGUGCGUGGUUGGAUGUGAGCGCUACCGACCUGUCUCGACUUCCAGAUCGAAGAUGGCGGUCUCGGUGUUCCCCGGCGUGCGCCUCCUCUCCAUUGGAGACGCGAAUGGAGACAUACAGCGGCACUCAGAGCAGCAGCCUCUACGGUUAGAAGUCAAAACCACGCAAGAUGCUGCCCUCAUCAAUCUCUCCAAUGGAGAGGAGGCAAGUGUGUUCAAGUGUUCGGUUUCCAGGGAGACAGAGUGCAGCCGCGUGGGGAAGCAGUCAUUCAUCAUCACACUGGGCUGCAACAGUGUCCUGCUGCAGUUCUCCUCACCUGCAGACUUUCAGUCCUUUUAUAAUCUCCUGAAGAACUGUCGUGGGCAUUUUGCUGAGCGCUCAGUCUUCAGUGACAGAACAGAGGAGUCCUCUGCUGUACAGUACUUCCAGUUUUAUGGCUACCUCUCCCAGCAACAGAACAUGAUGCAGGACUACGUUCGGACAGGGACUUACCAACGGGCUAUUCUCCAAAACCACACUGACUUCAAAGACAAGGUAACCUUAUACUAGUGGUGCCUGGAUGUUGGUUGUGGCUCGGGGAUCCUCUCUUUCUUUGCAGCUCAAGCUGGAGCCAGGAAGGUCUAUGCUGUGGAGGCCAGCACCAUGGCACAGCACGCCGAGGUUCUGGUGAACAGUAACCGUUUAGGGGAGCGUGUAGUCGUCAUCCCAGGGAAGGUAGAGGAAGUGACGCUGCCAGAGCAGGUUGACAUCAUCAUCUCAGAACCAAUGGGCUACAUGUUGUUCAAUGAGCGCAUGCUGGAGAGCUACCUGCAUGCCAAGAAGUUCCUCAAACCCAAUGGUAAAAUGUUCCCCACCAUCGGAGAUGUCCACCUGGCCCCCUUUACAGAUGAGCAGCUCUACAUGGAGCAAUUCACCAAGGCCAACUUCUGGUACCAGCCCUCCUUUCAUGGUGUGGAUCUGUCUGCCCUUCGGGGAGCAGCUGUGGAUGAGUAUUUCCGCCAGCCAAUUGUGGACACAUUUGAUAUCCGUAUUCUGAUGGCCAAGUCGGUCAAAUACACAGUCAACUUCCUGGAGGCCAAAGAAGAGGAUCUUUACAGGAUAGAGAUUCCCUUUAAGUUCCAUAUGAUGCACUCUGGCCUGGUUCACGGCCUAGCUUUCUGGUUUGAUGUGGCAUUUAUGGGAUCAGUGAUGACAGUAUGGCUGUCCACAGCACCCACAGAGCCUCUCACCCACUGGUACCAGGUGCGCUGUCUGCUGCAGUCUCCCCUCUUCACCAAGGCUGGGGAUACACUGUCUGGCACCGCAGUGCUGGUGGCCAACAAGAGACAAAGCUAUGACAUCAGUAUUGUUGCCCAGGUGGACCAGACAGGAUCAAAGUCCAGCAACCUCCUGGACUUGAAGAACCCCUUUUUCAGGUACACAGGCACCACCCCCAACCCUCCUCCUGGCUCACACUACACCUCCCCAUCUGAGAAUAUGUGGAACACGGGGGCAGCCUACAGCAUGAGUCAGGGGAUGGCUGUAUCAGGGAUGCCUGCAGCUUAUGACCUCAGCACAGUCAUUGGCAGCGGCCCGUCAGUAUCUCACAACAACCUCAUCCCCCUAGUGAACACAGGGAUUGUAAACCACACCCACUCCAGGAUGGGCUCCAUCAUGAGCACAGGAAUUGUCCAGGGAGCCACUACAGGUCAGUCGGGCCCAAGCAGCAGUGGUACUUACUAUCCCGUCACCAACCAGUUCACCAUGGGUGGCGCUGCCAUCUCCAUGGCCUCACCUAUGGUCAUCCCCAGCAACACCAUGCAUUAUGGCAGUUAAGACGAGGACUUCAGAGACCUCUUCAGCCUCCUAGCCCCCCGCAUGAUGAGAUCCCCAACCCCUCCUAGUGGAGCCCUUCAGUCUGCCACCCCUCCACCCUUCAACCCUGACUGAUCCACCAUCUGCAGCCAAAACCAAUAUACCAAAACCAGUGCUGUGCUGGCACUUCCUCCCCUUUUUCAUCAUCCACAUUUUUCUCUGUUCAGUCCAUCACUAUAUGAACGAUAAGAACGGUCAAACGCUCUUGUAUCCGUCCAGACUCUUGUCUUGCUUGCAGCUGAAACCUCCAACCUCCUUUUCACUUUCUUGGAUUCAUUUGGACUGCAACACAUGCACAUUCAAGAUGCAUAGCAGUUAAAACCAAUCUCCUUCCUGGGUUUUCACCCUCCUACCAUCUCAAUCCCUCCACUUCCCUUCUUUAUGUCAUGAUGACCCCAAAGUGUUUCCCCAAACCCUGUCCUCCCUCAGAAUCUACUUGUUGCCAGAUACCAGCAUCAGUCAGUUCUCACAGUUCUCCACACCUCUAUACCAGAUGUAGACUGAAGCUUUUCAUUUGUGUAGAGGGACACUAUUAUCAUCAUCAACACUCACAGCUGACCAUCUUGGCUUUUCAUAUUGGAUAUAAUCUUCAAAGCCUCUCCGCACUUCUCUCAAGAGACUGAUUCAUGCUGGACAAAGUGGUUCCUUUUAAAGUAUGAGUUCACACGAACCACCAAACAUAUUUUUCCUGUUUACUCCAUGUAGAUAAUUUUAGGCAGGGGCAGAUAUAUCUUAAAAUGGAAGCUAUCUACAUACCUAGGCAUCCCAAGGAGUAUGUGGAAAAUAUACAUUUUUGACUUGGACAAACAAACCAUUUAGGUUAUUCUCACUAUCCAAUGUGUGUUGUACUUAAAAGCUGUGGUGUUGAUGCAUUCCACAAAGGCUAACAUAUACAGGAAGUUUUGGGAGAAGGCUGGUCACCUUCCAUGCUUGGUGAUGAGAUACAUAGACACCAACAAUGAGAUGAAAGAAACUAUAAAAUCUCAGUUAAACUGAGGGGAACUGUUGUGUUGGGUGAAAAUUCUCUUUUGCUUUAUUACUGAGUGACAUCUGCUACAGUACACAUUUGACCCAUUGUUAAAAAUAUUGAUUAGCACAGCUUUAAAUGUACCUGUACAACCAGGCCUGUGAUGUAGUUGGCCUAACUUGGAUGGAUACAGGGAAAAUCUCUACCUGUCUAUCCAAAAAUUCCAAAGUUGUAGUAUCUGUAUAUAUUUAAUAUGUGGGAAUGAAACACCAGCAUUUUGGAGCAGUUGUGUUGGGAGGCAUUUCUUGACCUCUUGACCAACAGCAGCUGGCUACAGGGUCUGCCAAGUCCUGUCCUCAUACAUGUUGAGAGGCUGCCAGGUUUGAGCACUGUCCAAAGUGAACAAAAAGCCAGGUGAUGCUUUUUAUCAUCUCUUAACAACAAUAAAAGGACUUCUUGGAGGGUGUAUUUUGUCAGAUUUUUGGCAGAGCUAGGCCAAAUUUAGUCAGUGGGUCAAAGCCACCUGACUGGGCUUCAGUAAUCAAGAAUAUUUCCUGAAAUGUCAGAAGUAGGGUUAAGGCCUCAGAAUGAUUCAGUAUUGUGAGGUUAAAAGGAGAAAUUGUGUUUAUAGCUGUUCUGAAUGGCCACACUCAUCAUAGCCUCCUAAUGGCUGCAUCCCACUAUCUCUGUGAUCUUUCUCGACAAACUGUGUCUUUGCAGUUGCAGUGCAAUGAAUUGUACAACACCCAUCGGUCUUUUCUUAAAAGCAUUCUUGGUGUUGGCCUUGGCAAUACACAAAGAAUGGCAAUAGUGGUUGUUGAAUAAUUAAGAAAGAAACCUUGAGAGAAAAGUUCAGACCUUGAUUUCAUGGAAGAUGACCAGUGUGAACGUCUCCCAAAAACUUGUCUUUGUUAAUGCUACAACAUUUUAAUUCCAGUAAACCUGAAACAUCUUCUGACUGUUCCCAUGACCUGUGUACUUGUUUUUAGCUUAGAGGGCAUUGCAAAACACCCCGGUCCCUCAUCACCCCCCAGCCAGAGAUUGCUCCAGCAGUUGGAGGAAGAUUUGGAGAACAAACUCAUACGGACCAGUAACCCAGGUGGCAGACCACUAGCUGCUGGGGUGAGAAAAACUGUGCUGUCUUGGCAGCAUCCUAGUUCACAUCCUUGUUUUCUUCUCCUGCUUUUCCUCCCAGUGUCCUUUGAGGUUGUGAGACUGUCGCAAAGAGACUUCAUUGUCAAGGCAUGGGAGACUGGGUCGUCCGCCCGCCUCCCUCCUCGUCUGUUCACUGUCUGACCGCCAGAAUAUAAUGCCCAACACACCUGACACCCUCAUCCCCUUUUAUUAGUCAAGGAGGGAAAGACUGACACAUGUAUGCAUUGCUUCCAGUGUCGUAACUACUGGACUUGGUUCAUUUGGAAUUUAUGAGUUAGCAAGUUUUCUGAGAGCUGAGAAAAAAUGUCUUUGUAGGAUUAACUUUUUUGUUGUCUUUAAUUUGUUUUUGUUGUUUUUUUUCUGUCACACACACGCACACACACACACACACACACACAAACACACAAAACAAUUUAAAAAGAGCAAAUUAAAUGUGGUGGAGAUGUUCCAAAACCCAUCCUGGAAUCAGGUGAUGUAGUACUUUAUUUGUCCCCUCUAGUUUGUGAAAUAGACUGUGGACACAUCAGAUGUUUACCAUGCGGUAGCCUAUAGCCAUCGUGUCCCUUUUGUCAUGGAAUCAUUGCUCUGUGUAGUCUAUAGUGGCAUCCACUUUUAUCAUGGAAAAGUGUAUUAGGAAGAAGACUGUAUAUCAUGUUCUGUUAUCUCUGUGUUGUCGAAGCAGUAAUAACACCUUUCUCACUGUC